AUGGUAGGCAUAUACAAUGCAGCCGCAGUCGGUCUUCUACAUAAAACGGGAAUGAACGAUACCACCGACAGCAAGACUAGUGCGUUGGCCACUAUGUCCAGAGGCGGGUCCGUUCGAGGUCUUACUGACAACGAGUGGGUCGCUACCCAGAAGAAGGUAUUUACUCGAAGGGCUAAUUUGUAUCUUGAACAAGCGCAUCAUGCCAAAGUGGAAAAGGAUGAAGCCCUAGAGGAGGCCAUUGCUGACGGCAUCAG